AGCGGGUUAGGGACCAAUCCUGUCCGCAGUAGUCGCGUCCGUCGUAAGAGUGGACGAAGGAAACAUGGCUGCAGGUUGUUGUGGAACGAAAAAGCAAAAGCUGAACAAUUGUUCAAGCGUUCCAUGCAAUGGCUCGAUGUUACAAAAUGGCACACAGCUAAGGAACGGGUUAAUCGUAAAGCCGGAGAUGGGUUUCUUCUGCUUUGACGUUUUGUAUUGUCAGCUGCAUCAGCUUGACCCUCCAAAACCGCCCAACUUUAGCAAUGAAGCCUUCCCAUUGUUUGUCACAUGGACAAUAGGAAAAGAUAUGAGAUUAAGGGGUUGUAUUGGUACAUUUAAUGCAAUGCAAUUGCAUGCUGGCCUUCGAGAAUAUGCAACAACCAGUGCAUUCAAAGAUUCACGUUUUAAUCCUAUAACACGGGAAGAACUUCCACGAUUACAUGUAAGUGUCUCACUUUUGAGACACUUUGAGGAUGGUGCUGAUUAUUUAGAUUGGGAAGUAGGUGUCCAUGGAAUUCGUAUAGAAUUUCAUAAUGAAAAGGGUAAUAAGCGGACUGCUACCUAUUUACCUGAUGUUGCUACAGAGCAAGGGUGGGACCAGAUACAAACAAUAGAUUCACUCCUGCAUAAAGGUGGUUACAAAGGAUUGGUCACUCCAGAUAUUAGGCGUAGUGUAAAGUUGACGCGAUAUCAGAGUGAGAAAAUUACCGUAAGCUAUCAGGAUUAUAUGACACACUGGCAUAGCCGAAGAUGCUAGCAGCUGGCCUGGGGUCCUAAUCAGGGACCCCAACUGUUUCAAAACUCCAUAGCGGUUCAUUAUAACACUGAUACUCAUACUUCUCACUUAUCAUGCAAUAGCAGUCAAUACAGUUCUUAUGUGACCAGUCAACAAUCUGGAUUGAUGAUGACACAACGUAAUCAUCCUACAUCAUUUAUACAUCCUCUACCAAUGUCUCCUGUUUCCCCAGUUAUGGUUCCAAUAUGGGAUUAUUCCUCAUUUUGGUGGGAUCAAACAGGUCCAUCUUAUC